CUCUUCAAUUCUCACCAGAACCAAAUUACCCCAACGACACCGUAUCGCCGAAAGGAAGAUCUGAUAUGACGUCGUUUUAUAGUUUCUCUCUUUUUCUGAUUCUUUCUUUGGCGGCAAAGUCAAUCGUCUCCAACUAACUGAAAUUCCGUCACUCGUCGCUGAGCGCAAUUCUGUUAGGGAGAAGAAGAUACGAAUCGGAAGAAAGGUUGAGUGGUGAUUGCGGCAGCAUGGGAGUCCAGGGACUGUGGGACCUUCUCGCUCCCGUCGGCCGUCGCGUGUCCGUCGAGACGCUUUCCGGGAAGAGGCUCGCAAUUGACGCGAGCAUUUGGCUGGUCCAGUUCAUGAAGGCCAUGAGGGACGAGAAGGGGGACAUGGUGCGUAAUGCACAUUUGCUAGGGUUCUUUCGUAGAAUUUGCAAGCUGUUGUAUCUCAGGACCAAGCCUGUGUUCGUCUUCGAUGGAGGCACGCCUGCUCUGAAGCGGCGCACGGUUAUUGCAAGGCGGAGGCAGCGAGAGAACGCGCAGGCUAAGAUUCGGAAAACCGCCGAGAAAUUACUCCUCAAUCAACUGAAGACGGUGAGGCUGAAAGAGUUGGCAAAGGAUCUUGAAAACCAGAGGAAGAAUCAGAAUAAUGACUCCAAGGGCAAGAAGGUUUCAUCAGAACCCGCAGCAAGCAGUUUGGAGAAUAGAGAUGCAACAUUUGAUCAUGCCAAUCAAGAGAAAUUGGAUGAGAUGUUGGCUGCGUCUAUAGCAGCGGAGGAAAAUGUGGGUGUAGAAAAUGCAUCAACAUUUGCUGGUCCGGAAAGGCAGGAUGAUGAAGAUGAGGACCUGAUACUGCCUGAGAUAGAUGGUGACCUGGAUCCGGAUGUAUUGGCUGCUUUGCCGUCAUCAAUUCGGCGUAAAGUUCUUAUGAAGAAAGGGUCAAUGGUGGAAGGCAAACAAUUUCAUGAUGAAACACAGAUUGAAAACAGCAAGAAGAAUGAGAAGGGAAAGGAGGUAUUGUCAGACCCAGCCGAAGUAGAGGAGAACAAUUUUGAAAGGCUUGACAAAGGGAUGGAAGGUUUCAACCAAGAAAAGCUAGAUGAGAUGUAGGUUAUUAAGGGAUUUUUAGUUUGCUCUAUGAUUCCAAGUUCCUGAAUUUGAAGUUAAUACGUCUAAGGCUUUAGGUUGGCUGCAUCUCUUUUAGCUGAAGAAGAUGGUAGUCAUAAGUAUGCUUCAACAUCUGCUGCCUCUGCUCCCUUUGAGGGUGGUGAUGAUGAUGAUGAAGAGAUGAUUCUUCCAACAGUCCCAGGGAAAUUUGAUCCUGCUGUCUUAGCAGCUCUACCACCAUCAAUGCAACUGGAUCUUCUUGUGCAGAUGAGAGAGAGGUUGAUGGCUGAAAACAGACAACGAUAUCAAAAAGUCAAGAAGGCACCUGAAAAGUUCUCCGAGCUCCAAAUACAAGCUUAUCUCAAAACUGUUGCAUUCCGUCGAGAAAUAGAUCAAGUGCAGAAAGCUGCUGCAGGGGUAAAUGUAGGUGGUGUUCAGACUUCAAGGAUAGCCUCUGAAGCCAACAGAGAGUUUAUCUUUUCAUCGUCAUUUACUGGAGAUAAGCAGUUAUUUACAUCUGGUGGAGUGCUGAGCAGUGGGGAUAAGCAACAACCGCCAACAAGUGGGCAUCCAUCACAUUCUGUUAUGGGUGGUGCUUCUGCCAGUAACCCAACUACAAUGGCAGGAAUUGGCCUUGAAGAAUCUGGACAUGUUUUUGAUGAUGAUGUUGAGACUUAUACAGAUGAAAGGGGCCGUAUUCGAUUAAGUAGAGGACGCGCCAUGGGGAUGCGGAUGACCCGGGAUUUACAGCGGAAUUUAGAUAUAAUGAAGGAGAUGGAACAGGUUGAAAUUGAUAUUGCAAGCAUUCCCUCUAAGACCAAAGGGGGAAAAGCUAAUUCUGGAGGAGGAAUUCCUAGUGCAAGAACAGAAGUCAGAGGUUCAGAUGAUAACAGUGUUGGAUCUACACAGUUGAACGAGAGAAAUGAACACCAUUUGAUAGAUAACAAUAGUUGUAUGCAGAUUUCAUUUGAAAUUGAUGGUGCAAGCAAGUCUUAUGAAAGAGAUGAUGACAUGUUCUCCUGUUUAGUUGCUGGACAACCAAUUGACAUCUGUUCUGUUGACAAUGAUACAUCCCGGAAACAGGCUCUUGAUUCAGCUUCUGAUAGUGAUUGGGAGGAAGGAACCAUUACGACAAAAUGGGACGGUUCUUCCACUGCAGAGUUGGUAAAUAAGACAGUCCUAAAGGCAAGCAACAAUAGUGAUGACAGUGAAGUGGAAUGGGAAGAAGAACCAUCUGUGGUAAAAAAUAAGCUUUCGUGCCAGGUUCCAUCUGGGAAACCUGUUUCAAGAGGCAAGUUGCAAGAAGAUGCUGAUUUGCAGGAAGCCAUAAGGAGAAGUCUCAAGGAUCCAAGAAGUGAUCAAGGAUUUGCAGAAAUCGGUGACGAACUUGAAGUUAUUAAUCGAAGAGGCAGCAUGCAAGAGUUGAAUAUGGUUAGGAAGGAUAUUCAGGAAAGUAAUAUAAACAUUGGAACUAUGGAAGCAAAUGAACCAUGUGGUCCAAGUACAGCUAAUGCGUCCCACGAGGGCUCUCGAAGCACAAAGUCUGGAAUGCAUGGUCUUGAUGAUAUCAGUAAGACAGGUCUAGAGCUCACAGGUUCUAAGUUUGAAGAAUGUCGAUGGGAUACAAGCAAAGAGCUCAAGGUAAAUGGAGAAGCACCAUGGCCAAAUCCAGAGCAAUCUGUAGAUGCUAUUACUGAGGCUGGUGGGUUAUCUAUCUCAACAACUAGUUUAUGUCCAGCUGAGGAUUCUCAUAUUUUUAAACCAGUCAUUGGUGAUAGUAUGAUGAGUGUUGGUAUGGAUAAUGUUCAAACAGAAGCUUCCAUGUUUGUCAGGGAGGAUAAAGUUGCUCCUGAAACGGAAGCAUCAUUUUAUUCAGUCAAGGAAACUAUAGCAAAUUCUUCUGGAUCAUACAUACAGUCUCUUAGAGGAGAUUCAACAGCACCCGAUGACAUUGAGGAACAAAUGGUUGGUGAGAAGAUCCCCGGCACACUAUUUGCCUCAAAGAACAGUGAGAAUCAUGCUGCUGCUGAUACGAAUCAUGAGAAAGUUUUUUCACAGGCUACCGUAGAGGAGGAGAUAAAUAUACUGGGUCAAGAAUUUAUGAAUCUGGAAGGUGAACAGAGAAAGCAUGAACGCAAUGCUGAAUCAGUCACCAGUGAAAUGUUCGCGGAGUGUCAGGAGCUUCUUCAAAUGUUUGGCAUACCAUAUAUAAUAGCACCAAUGGAGGCAGAAGCUCAAUGUGCAUACAUGGAACUCGCAGGCCUUGUUGAUGGUGUUGUAACUGAUGACUCUGACGUUUUUUUAUUUGGAGCUUGUAGUGUGUACAAGAAUAUAUUUGACGACCGCAAAUAUGUGGAGACAUACUUCUUGAAGGAUAUUGAGAAGGAACUUGGCCUGACUAGAGAUAAACUAAUUCGUAUUGCAUUGCUUCUCGGUAGCGACUAUACUGAAGGAGUUAGUGGGAUCGGUAUUGUUAAUGCUAUUGAGGUAGUUGAUGCUUUCCCUGAGGAGGAUGGCCUGCAGAAAUUUAGAGAGUGGAUAGAAUCACCAGAUCCAACCAUCCUUGGGAAGUUGGAUGGAAAGCCUCGCUCAAGUGGGAAGAAACAAGGAUCCAAAGUUGCUGACAGUAAAUUGGAUCCAUCUGACAAGGACACUGCACCAAUGGAUGGUAUUGACGAGAUAAAACAGAUUUUUAUGGACAAACAUAGAAAUGUUAGCAAGAACUGGUAUAUCCCUUCCUCUUUUCCAAGCGAAGCAGUCAUUUCUGCAUAUUGGUCACCCCAAGUUGAUAAAUCAACAGAGCCUUUCACAUGGGGCAAGCCAGAUCUACACCUUCUUCAACGAUUAUGCUGGGAAAGAUUUGGGUGGAAUGUCCAGAAGUCGCAGGAGUUGCUUCUGCCUGUCCUGAAAGAGUACAACAAACGCGAGACUCAACUGCGGUUGGAAGCAUUUUACACUUUCAACGAGAGAUUUGCUAAGAUUCGUAGCAAGAGGAUCAAGAAAGCUGUAAAAGGAAUUACUGGAAAACCAAGUUCAACCGUAUUGGAUGAUGUCCCCGAAGAAGCUCCUGAAUUGACUAAGAAAAGAAGAGCGACUCCUGCUGAGUCUGAACUGAAGUCAGUAGAAGGAUCUAUUCUUAGCAGUGACCACAAUCUCUCCGGAAAUUCAACAACCAAGAGAUCUAAGAAAGUGAGAAGCACUGGGAAGGAUAUCUCAUCUGAAAAGGAGGAAUCAGGGCAAGAGUUGUUGUCAGGAAACAGACAGCAGACUACAAAAGGUUCGAAUAAGGGAGGGAGAGGUAGGGGUAGUGUUGGACGAAAAGGGAAAGGAAUAGGAAGUGGGAGGGGAAGGGGAAGGGGAAGGGGAAGGAGAUCUCGAGGUUUGGAACCAUCUAAACAGAGUUCUGGGGACACUGAGAGCAGCAGUGAUGAGCAUGAGGAUCAGAUUCAGAACUCAGAGACGCCAACUGAAGUGCGACGGUCAAAACGGUUGAGACAGCCUGUUAGUUAUGCAUCCGACCUGGAAAUGGACGACAUGAUCAACUCAGUAGACCCAGAUGGUAAAGAAGAAGCUGCAGGAGAAGCUAAAGCCCAUCCACGAAAUGCUGACUCGAGUCCUGCUCUUAGAGAACCGCAAAAUCUGGAGGACGAUUUAUUAGCGCAGAUGGAUACAACACCUAGGGAGUAUCUCGAAACAGGAGGUGGUUUCUGCAUGGAUGAAGGUGAAGCUGGUAACCCCGAGGAUGGCGUUAGCGUUAAUCCUUCUGAAAGCAACUCGUCGAAAGAUUACUUAGAGAGUGGAGGUGGGUUUUGUGUGAAUGAAAGUGAUGCACACAAAGACCAACCUGAUGUCGGCAGCCUGUCUCCACCCCUCGAGGGAGAUACCACCGAGAAGCCUCGUCAUGGUGGUUUGAUGGAUGAAGUCGAUUUUGCUGCAUUUUCAUCAUUGGAUGCUGUGAACGAAAGUGCGGUUGUUAAGGAUCCAUGCACCGAGACAUUGAGAACUACACAAACUGAUGAUCAUCUGAGGUCCGGCAGCUCCUCUGCCCCAGAAAACACUGUAGAUGAUACCAUGGCUCCUGAAGCAGGAGGUCUAAGGGCAAUGCCUUUCUUGAAAAGAAAACGAAGGAAGAGCUGAAAAGCAAGUGUAUGGUUGCUGGUGUGUACGUCGUCGUAGUAGUAUAUAAAGUCAUAGUUAUUCCGUAAAUGCUCUGUGUAUGGUAUGGUAUGUUUCUCGUCAUGCUCUGUUUUUCGCCAUUUUUUAAACUUCUGAUUCGAUCAGGAUUCGAAGGCCAAUUUUUUGGCAAGUUUGUUCCAUGCUGGAGCCUGGACGUUAUAUUCCGAGCCUUUGGCUGGGUUAUGGGCUUCUAAUUUUUAUAAUCCUAAUUGGGCCAAACGUUCUGUCAGAUUUGGGCUCGAAUUAUUUGGUAAGGGCCCAACGAGCCGGAUGUUCGCAAUUUUUGUGCAAGUUCCUUCAUCUCCGAUAGGAUAUUCAAUUUAAUUUCCUUCGUUCUUCUUCAGCUGCAGGUCUUGGCGAUUCCCUCCAAGUCUCCAUUCCUCCUCCUCCCGGCUCGUUCCAUCAUAAUCUACUCAAGAGUCGCAGGCCUCUGUACGCCAUAGUACAAGUUUCAAGCAAUGGGAUGAGUCGCACUACCCUGAAAAUUUUACUCAGUAAUAAGAGAGCAUGGCUCCAACCAUGGCUAGUUUGCAACCAGGCCUGCCUACUGCUACUCCUGCUACAGCUAUAUCCGACAACAGCUUGAUCAAUGGCCUCCCAUUGCAGCUCGAUUGUGGCAGGGUUGUGGAUGCAGAUACUACACUUUCAUCUGGCUUUAAAGACUGGAAGAAGUGGCGUUUGGUUGUUUCCUAUGAUGGCACUCGCUAUGCUGGCUGGCAGUUUCAGGAAUCCCCUUCUACUAUACAAGGGUUACUCGAAAAAGCCCUGACUCGAGCGACCAAGCUUGAGAGGAAACAUCUUCAAGUUGUUGGAGCAAGCAGGACUGAUGCUGGAGUUCAUGCUUUGGGCCAGGUCGCACAGUUCCUCACGCCUUUCAACUAUGACUCCUUAGACCGUGUUCAUGCAGCUCUCAACGGCCUACUACCCGAAGACAUUCGAGUACGAGAGGUUGCACCUGCUCUGCCUGAAUUCCAUGCUCGAUUCUCGGUCACCAGCAAGCUCUAUCGCUACAGGAUCUAUAAUGAUGCGGUGAUGGACCCACUCCUGCGCCACUAUGCCCACCACAGCCAUUACAAACUCGAUACAGCUGUCAUGGCGGAAGCUGCCAUGCAUUUUGUUGGGAGUCAUGAUUUCUCAGCCUUUGCCAAUGCAUCUCGCAAUGAUCGCGUGCCAAAUCCUGUCAAGACAAUUCUCCGCUUUGAUGUUUCUGAAAUGGGGCCACUGAUCCAGCUAGAUGUCGAAGGCACCGGUUUCUUGUACAGACAAGUGCGCAACAUGGUUGCUUUGCUGCUGCAAAUAGGAAAGCAAGCUAUCCCUCCUGAUAUAGUAACAACGAUCUUGGCGAGUCGUGAUCGCAGAGAGCUCGCCAAGUAUGCUCUGGCGGCCCCAGCUCAUGGUCUCUGCCUUGUCUCUGUCAAUUACAACCAAGACCACCUCCAGCUUCCCAAACUGGGAUCCCCCGCAGUUAGUUUUGGCAGACAUCACACCAUCAGCAGAUCUUCCAAGAGAGGAAGGUGUGAACAGAUAUCAAAAGAGAAAUGGUGGGAGGAGGUGGAUUUGUGUACGGGGAAGUGAUGACAUUUUCAGCGAUGGUGAGUAUAGAGUGUAUGAAUGUUGGGUUGAACACACUCUUCAAAGUUGCAACUAUGGCAGGCAUGAGCUACCAUGUCUUUGUUGUAUAUUGCCACGCAAUUGCUACUCUUGCUCUCCUCCCUGCUCCUCUCUUCUCCCGCAGACCAAGAGCUCUUCCUGGGCUAAGUUUCUCUGUACUCUGGAAAAUCGGUCUUCUGGGGGUCACAGGAAGCUCGGCCCAGAUCAUUGGAUACGCAGGCAUCAAUUACAGCUCUCCUACGCUUGCUUCAGCUAUAGGCAACCUCACUCCAGCUUUUACCUUUCUACUUGCUGUCAUUUGCAGCUCACCAAACCAAAACUGGGUCCUUGGUGGGGUGUUUCUCACCUGUGAGUACAUUCUAGUUCCUUUAUGGUACAUUGUUCAGACUCAAAUUAUGAAGGAGUAUCCAGCUGAAUUCACAGUAGUCUUCUUCUACAACUUAGUUGUGUGCCUCAUUGCCACAUUUGUUGCUCUGAUUACGGAAGGGACUUCUCCAAAUGCAUGGAUAGUGAGUCCUAAUGUAGCAUUAGCUUCGGUGGUUUGCUCGGGAUUUGGAUCGUGCUUGAACAGCUGUGUUCAUACGUGGGCACUGCGGAUCAAGGGACCUGUGUUUGUAGCAAUGUUCAAGCCAUUUUCCAUUGCCAUCGCUGUUCCUAUGGGCCUGAUGUUCUUGGGCGACAGACUUUAUCUGGGAAGUGUGAUCGGGGCAGUAGUAAUAUCGAUUGGGUUUUACACUGUGAUGUGGGGAAAAGCUCAAGAGAAUGAUUUCACAGAGGCAUGCGGUGGUGCUAAUUGCAGCAGCCAGCAGCAGGAAACUCAUUCCACAGAGAAGGCUCCUCUGUUACAGAGCUACAGAAGAAUUGCACAAGUUUAA